AUGUCUGCCUCCUUCCGCUCCAUCCGCGCCCUUGCGCCCCUUCUCGACCGCGUCCUCGUGCAGCGCGUCAAGGCUGAGACCAAGACCGCCAGCGGCAUCUUCCUUCCCGAGUCCUCCGUCAAGGAGCUCAACGAGGCCAAGGUCCUCGCCGUCGGCCCCGGUGCCCUCGACAGAGACGGCAAGCGGUUGCCCAUGGGUGUCGCCUCUGGUGACCGCGUCCUGAUUCCCCAGUUCGGCGGCUCCCCCGUCAAGGUCGGUGAGGAGGAGUACCACCUGUUCCGUGACAGCGAGAUCCUCGCCAAGAUCAACGAGUCAUAA